UGCAGGAGCCUCCGGAGAAGAGUCGGGGCCCACGAGGCUGAACGGGAUUUGGGGAGAGUCGGUCACUUUCUCUCCUGGGCUUCCAAGAGGAAGCCGGGUUACCAACAUAGCCUGGAAUGCAAAAAUCAAUUAUAGCAAUUGUGGAUCCAGAAAAACAAGCCCCACCCCUAGUGAUAGAUGAACGUUACAGAAGGCGACUGAGAGUCCCUGAUGGGGGCUACUCAUUGCAAGUCACGGACCUGAGGCAGGAAGACACGGGCACAUACACGGCACAAAUAGCCACAGAAGGACCCACUGACCCCAUCUUCCAGAGAUUCACCCUGCACGUGUACAAGCAAGGACCGGAGCCAGCUAUCGUCUGUGACUCAGUGAUCUGUGUGAAUGAAACCUGUAACUACAUCCUGAGCUGCACCGCCAGGGAUGGGGAGAGCGGGGAGAAUGUGACCUACAGCUGAACUCACCCAGCAGGGGGCGCUGUGGUGUCCAUGGGACCCGUUCUGACCAUCUCCCAGAGACCCCAUGAUGCUCACCUGGCCGUCACCUGUAUGGCACAGAACCCCGUCAGGAACAGCUCCACAACGGGCUCUGCAAACGACUUUUGUGCAGGGUACGGCAGAGCAGAGGCAGGCGCGAUGGAGCUGAGCGGGAUGCUGGGGGACUCCAUCACUUUCCCUCUGGGGAUCCCAGCAGAGCAAGUUAAAACUGUUUCCUGGACAGUAAACACAAGCACCAGUGUAGUAACUGUAGCAGCAGGAAACCCCCCCAUUGUCAUUGUGUCAGACCCAUCCUACGAGGGACGCCUGACAGUCCCUGACAACAGCAACUCGCUUCAAAUCACCAGCCUGAGGAUGGAGGACAUGGGCACCUACACCGCUAAAAUCAGCACAGCUAUGGGCAUCAUCUACAAACACUUCCUGCUGCGGGUAAAGCAAGUACUGGAGCCAACUGUCCUCUGUGACUUAGUGACCUGUGUGAAAGACACAUGUAACUACAUCCUGAGCUGCACCGUCAGGGAUGGAGGGGAGCAGGUGACCUACAGCUGGACUCACCCAGCGGGGGGUGCUGUGGUAUCCAAUGAGUCCAUUCUGCACAUCUCCCAGGUACCCCGUGAUGCUCACCUGGCCGUCACCUGCAGAGCCCAGAACCCCGUCAGUGCCAGCUCCACAACGGGCUCUGCAAAGGACCUUUGUGCAGCUCCCCCACUGGCCCUGGCCUCCUCGCUGUCCUACUGCCACGUCAAGGGGAUCGUCCUGCUGCUGGUGCUGGGAACCCUGAGCGCUGGAAUCGUCACGGUGCACGUCCUCCCCGGCUGGGACCGGAGACGGGACUGAGAGCACAGGAGCUUCCACUGCGACAGGUCAUCCCGCCUGGGCGUUCCCCAGCCCGCAGGAUGCUCCGGGGGGACGCUCGCUUGCAGCUUCCGAAGAGUGGAUGUCACUGGGGGGGUGGAAGGGAAGUAUUGGCUCCCUCCGUGUGGUGGGAGAUGUGGUGGAGAAUCAGCCCUGCUCAGAGGCACCCUCUGGCAGCUGCCAGCAGAACAGAAACUGACUCAGUUUCCUUCUUUUUAAAAAGACCCCAAUGUCUAAACGUGCCCCUUCCAGGGGCUGGUUUAUUGUCCCAGAGUGUAAACAGUCCCUACAUGCCCAACCCAGAGUACACUGCUCAGUCCUCAUGGCUGCUCCAGCGCCUGGUUCUUCCCAGGCCCUUCCGGGCUUCCCAGACCUUGCCCAGGCCCUUCCCAGGUCUCUGCACUCCACAGGGUCAUGACCCUGGUAUCUCUGGGGUAACCCUGCUAGUGGCAUCACACUCACUGCAGGGUUUCCUCGGGGCCCAGGCUCAGUCACCAUCUUCCCCACAUUGCUCAGCACUUCCUGCUCGUACCCGACCCGGAUUUGUGUCCCUAUCCCAGCUCUGAGUUGCCAGCCAUGGGGAGGUACCUUCAAUUCCUUUGCGCAUUCCUUUAUGUAGCAGAGAACCUGCAGCCCUCCCGGGACGCAGGGCCAGAUUCUCAUUCACACCAAGCCUCCAUUGUGACAGGUUGGGUCACAGAGACCCCCUUGGGACUGUCACCUGAUGUGCUGAGAUGACCUCUUAGCCCAUUUUCCCUGCCAGCUUAGGACUCCAGAACCCUGCCUUGUCAAGCCAGACACACUAGCCUGCUACAGACCCAGGUCUGAUCCAUGCACCCAAAGCUGCAGACUUAACUGAUAGAGAGAUAUGCACAGCUGUUUGCUCCACCAGGUAGUAAUUACUUACUCUGCAUAAACUAAUAAGCAAAAGAAAAAGAAAAAAGCUUAAUAUAACUUUCACAUGGAUUUGUUAAAAGUGGGGAGGAAAAUAAACUUCUCUCUGCUCCACUGGGUUACGAAAUAAGGGAAAUAUAAACUAGCUGUUACUAAGGUUCUGCGGUUUUCGCUCUGGAGUGUUUUCUGCAUGCUCACUUUUCUGUUUUUUAAUUGAAACACAUGUAAAAAUAUUAAAGGGCUCUGUCUUCAGAUAGGCUUGUCUUUUAAAGCGUUUAUUCCUUUACAAAACUUAAUAUAACUUUCACUUGUAUUUGUUAAAAAGCAAGCGAAGAAGCUGCCUUCUCAUCUCUGAUCCACUGACUUACAGAGGCUGUUUUUGCUGACAGUGGCUUUGCUGCAAAAUCAUGCUGCUUCAAAUUGUCCUUACUAAAAAAUGACCAAUGUUAGUCUAAAACACGGGGGGGGGACUUUUUUAUCACUAUACAUUACUUUUAUAAACAGGUUUUCUGUGUUUUUUACCCUGGGUUGUUUCUGCAUGCUCACUUUUUAUUGAAAUACAUAUGCAAAAGAGCUAAAUGAAAAAUUGUUUCUUCACAUAGACUUGUUUUUUCAAAGUGGUCUUCUUCUUUUCUAAUCCUCUAACUUAAAAAGGCUACUUCAAAUUGUUCUCACUAAAAGCAUAGGAGAAAACUUUUAAAAAAUUUUUCUUAGUCAGGGUUUGUGUUUAGGCUGGGUGUUUCUGCAUGCUCGUUUUUUAUUGAAACAUAGGCAAAGAGCUAAAUGAAGAGAUAUGUCUUCAGACAGGCUUGUAUUUUAAAGUGUUUAUUCCUUUACAAGACAUACUAUAACUUUCACCUCUGUUAAAAAGUGGGGGAAGAAACAAACUUCUUCUCUCUGAUCCACAGGUUUACAAAAUAAGGGGAACAUAAACUGUUUCUAAGGACCUGUGGUUUUAAAGCUGGGGUAUUUCUGCAUGUUCUAUUUUAUUGAAACACACCUGUAAAUAAAGGGAUGUGUCUUCAUAUAUGUCAUAAAUAUAAAGGGAAGGGUAAACACCUUUAAAAUCCCUCCUGGCCAGAG